GAGAGAGGCUGGGGCAGAGGCGGCCGGAGCGGCUGAGGGAGCGCGAGCGGCGCGGGGGGGGGGCCCUGUCGGCGACAGCGGCGACAGCGGCGACAGGAGCGGCGACAGCGACAGCGGCGGGUCCCAGCGCCUCGCGGCCCGGCGCUCCCCCGCUCCUCUCGGCGCCGGGCGGCCCCGGCCCGCGGCGGCGGCGCUGACAGCCCGCCCGGAGCCCCGGGGGCGGCCGCGGCCACCAUGUCGUCCCCCAGCCCGGGCAAGAGGCGGAUGGACACCGACGUGGUCAAGCUGAUUGAGAGCAAACACGAGGUCACCAUCUUAGGAGGACUCAAUGAAUUUGUCGUCAAGUUUUAUGGACCACAAGGAACACCAUAUGAAGGUGGAGUAUGGAAAGUUAGAGUCGACCUUCCUGACAAAUACCCCUUCAAAUCCCCAUCUAUAGGAUUCAUGAAUAAAAUCUUCCAUCCCAACAUUGAUGAAGCGUCAGGAACUGUAUGUCUAGAUGUAAUCAAUCAGACUUGGACAGCUCUCUAUGAUCUCACCAAUAUAUUUGAGUCCUUCCUGCCCCAGCUGCUGGCUUAUCCCAAUCCUAUAGAUCCUCUAAAUGGAGAUGCUGCAGCCAUGUACCUCCACCGACCAGAAGAGUACAAACAGAAAAUUAAAGAAUACAUCCAGAAAUAUGCAACAGAAGAAGCACUAAAGGAGCAGGAAGAAGGCACUGGGGACAGCUCCUCUGAGAGCUCCAUGUCUGACUUCUCUGAAGAUGAGGCUCAGGACAUGGAGUUGUAGUAGAGGCCACCUGCUUUUCAGAGACACUCUAAUUUCCUAACCAUGAGAAGCAGACUAUAAUAUUCAUAUUUAAACAAAGCAAUUUUUUUUAUUACUAAACAAGGUUUUUAUGAAUUAUAGCAUUGAUAUAUAUAUAUACAUAUAUAUAUAUCACCCUUUAGAAUCUUGAUUUUUCUCAGUCAUUUCCCAAUUUCUUUUUUUUUUUUUUUUUUUUUUUUUUUUUGUGUCCCAAGGUGCAUUUAGAGUAUUCCCAACAUUCCAUUCUGGUAGCAAUAUGCAGCCUGGAUGCAUGCAUUGAGAUUUUUUUUUUUUUUUUUUUGUGUGCUGCCCUGGGAGGGAGGGAAUAAUAACAAAAAAAAAAAAAAAAAAAAAAAAAAAAGAAAAAAGAGAGAAAACAAACAAAAAUCCAAACAGAGCAGAAAAAAAAAAAAAGAGGGAUUUGCUGUUGGAUGGAGGUUUCCAGCUGGGAUGGUGGAAUUUAAAACCUUGGGGGUGCUAGAGCUGUGUAGGGAUGGAAGGGGCUCCUCUAGGCUGUGUUUGAAAAGAAAAAAAAAUGAGAUUUAAGUAAAGAACAAAUGGAAAUGAGUGGAGCUGCUGGGAGCACCAGAUCUGGAGAGUGAGAAUUUCAGUUCUGCUGUGGACUCCUCCUGCACUGCUGCAUUCCUGGGGAGUCUGGAGAAGUCUGGAGAAGUUUGGAGAAGUUUGGAGAAGUUGGAUGCUGUUCCUGCCCUGCUGUGCAUCAGGAGCUGUUCCCUUGCUGGAAGGUUGGAGCCACUGGGAUCCCUGAGCACCUGGAAUUCAAAAUUCAAACAUUCAAACUCUUCUCUGUCCCACUUUGGAACCUCCAAUGGCUUCCAGUUGGCUUUAUUAUUAUUAUUAUUAUUAAUUAUAUUAUUAUUAUUUUUUAUUUUUCUUUCUUUCCUCCUCCCUCUUUUGCUGGAAAUCUGGUUCAGAGCUGACAAACACUCUCUGUGUGUCCUGGGAAUUCUCUCUGACCAGAUGGAUUUGCCUCACCAGAGCUUCAGAUCCAUGGAUCCAUCAGCACUGAUUUUCAUUUUCUUCUUUUUUUUUUAAAUUUUAUUUUAUUUUUAAAAUCUUUCUUUCCUCCUCCCCUUCUGCACCACUUUGGUUUUCAUCUGCUUGUGUGUGUACAAAAGGAUAAAAAUUCCUUAAGGGUUAAGAAUAUGAUCUAGAGAACAAAAAUUCCUGAAGAGUUGAAAAUAUGAUCUAGAAAACAAACAAACAAAAAAAAACAACACACACACAAAAUUUGAACUGAAUAAAAAAAAAAAAAGAAAAAAAGCCUAAAAAGCACCAACUGAGGAAGCAAAUGAAUUCACUCUGGGUUUUUGUUGGUUGGUUUGGUUUUUUUUGUUUUGUUUUGAUUUUUUUUUCCUCCAGGAUGUUUGGGAAUUGGAAUGUUGGAUUUCUCCUGGUGUCUUGCAGCAAGCUGAGAGAUUUUUCUUUUUUUUUUUUUUUUUUUUUUUUUUGGCUGUUGUUCCUGGAAAUCUGAUGAGUAAAUGUCUCCUUGGGAUGCUGGGAUACUUGAAUUGGGAUAAUUGUGCAUCAGAGAUUCAAACUGAGAUGGAUUUUUAAAGCUGAAUGUUACCUGCUGUUUUCUUUUGGGGAUUUUGCAGAGGGGUUUGGACAAAAUCUUUUCAUUUGUGAUGCAGGAAAAGAAAAAAAAAAAAAAUCAACCCACCCUGAGCAACUCUGAAGCAGAGUUUUGAAUGUCAGACUGGUACAUUUGUCAUUUUCCCAGAACUCUUGGGGUUUGUUCCUUUUCCUUCCCACCCACUUGGGGCUGGGACAUCCCAUCCCAUCUCCAUUCAUGAAGCACAAUCAGUUUCUUUCCUUUCUGUUGCUUUUGAGGGGGAGGAGGGAGGGAGAAAACACCAAAAAAACAAAACUCCAUCAAGUCCCACUUGGCUUUGGCAUGAUUUUCCUUAAUAAAAACCUACCUUGGAUUUCCUUUCUGUUAA